CGCCACCUGGCUCCUCCCCACCAAGGGCCGCCUCUUCCUGAGCUCCUUUGCUCCAGUCCAAAAAUAAAGCGGUCCACUUCCUUCCGGGCUGUUCGGUUGACUUAUCGGUGGGCGCCCGAGCCCGCCGUCUACCUCGGCCCCAUUUCCGAAUCGCGGGGGAAAAGCGGCGCCGCGCUGCGCUCCGCCUCUCCGCAGUCUGGGAAGGCCGCGAGCGCGAGGAGGGGUCUCAUCAGCACCCCAUGCGAUUAAAGAUUCAGGAAGAUGAGCCAUCAAGGGAAACAAUCAGGGAAGUUCAGAAGAGGGAACACCUGGAAACGGGAAGAGACCCUUGCUCUGCUUGAGAUCUGGGGUGAGGCGAAGGUCCAGCAGGAGCUGAGGUUCAGCCACCGGAAUCUGGACAUCUUUGAGAAAAUAUCCCAGGACCUGCGUACGAAGGGAUAUCAUCGGUCCGCCUUUGAGUGCAGAACCAAAACCAAGACUCUGCGGCUGGAGUACAAGAGAGUUGUAGUCCAUAACUCCCGCUCUGGGAAUACCCCAGCGAUGUGCCCCUUCUUUCCCCAGCUGCACCGGAUUCUCCGAGGGGAUGCUAGUGUUGCACCGAAACGGGUGGCGCGCAGCUUCACCCUCCGAUGGCCAGUGCCAAACCAUGUUGCCCAUCAGGACCACGGUGAUGUUGCUGCUCCUUUUGCUCAGCCUCUCCUGGAGAAAGGCUUGGAAGUGCAAGACAUACACAUGGGGGACGGGGCAGAAUACCUGGCACAUCCAGAAUCAGCUUCUGAACACACACCUCACCCAGAGGGUCGUGUGAUUCUUUCUCCAGAGAAGGAAGAGGGGGAGGAGGAGGAAGAGGAAGAAGAGCAAAAGGUAGAAGGGCAGCAUAGUUUGGAUGCAAGGUUGCCGGGACAGGAGUUCAAGGUGGAAGGACAGCCGUGCACACCUGGACCUUCUGCUUCUGAGGAUCGAGGUACUCAUAUACCCAAACUAACCACGUUGUCACCGGCUGCUAGAUUAUCCAUGUUGCGCAAUAAGAAGAGGAGAGCCCCCAUGGUGCAGAUCAUCGCCGACAGUAUUCUUCAAAACGCGGAAAAGGACCGGGAGCUCCUCGCCCGGGAGUUAGCAGCGGAGCGGAAGCGUUCCGAUGCCUUCCUCCAGGUCCUGGAGAACGAGGCCAGGGAGCGCUCCCUCGCGCGUCAGGAGAUCUCAAGGCUGAACCAGGCGACUCUGCAGUCUCUGCAGGUUCUUAAUGAAACGCUGCAGCAGCUGCUUCCCACAACCCCUUUGCAUUCCUCUUCUCAUGUGGAAGGUUAUUGUGACCAGCAAAGACUGAACCAGGCCCUCUGCAACCAGCCCAGGCCUGUUUCGGGCUCCUCUGGCAAGGUGUCAUUUGGGGGAACUUGUCACACGUGACCAUUGAGAAAAGAGCGUCCAAUGGGACUUAGACGUCGGCAGGUCUCACCAAAGCCUCUCCGGGAAGCUUCUUUUGCAGGACCUGUGUAGGCCUCAGCCCUUAGCCUCCCCAUCAACAGUAGGGAAGCAACACUACUGAACUCUGGCUGACUCAGAACACGCAAGAUAGGUUUUGAGACAGCCUCACACUGUGAGAACAGCUGGCCGGGAUCAAGAACUCGUAAGGGUUUUUAUGACAUCUGAACACUGAUUGCUCCAAAGCCGACACUGUUCCAGAAAGGGAUGCACUUCUCUUGUGACCUGCACUUGCCAGCCAACCCCUAGGAUCACAUGGUGGCGUAGCAGUUGGCCAAACACUCUGUUUCCAAAUUUAGUAGCAAAUUGAGCUGGUCCCUAGUCAGCAUAGUCCAGCGUUGCCAUGGGUGCAUGCCACCUCAAUGCUCAGGAGUCAUUCAUAAUAUUCUGUCAUUCAUCUCCAAAUGAAGCAAUGCCUACAAGAAGCGGAGAAAGUCAAUGACAGGCCCAUCAUGUAGGUUCUCCUAGAAAUGCUGCAAGAUUAGCCCAGGUUGCUGCUUGAUAGGCCACCAAUCCAGCUGUCCCGAACCUGGAUGACGUCUUCCACCGACGUAGAGGCUGGGAGCACACUGGGGCGGGGGGGAGCUAGCAAGUCCUGCAGUCAGUCGGGUCACAAGGAACUGCACAGUAAGUCGUCGUCACUAACAGGACACUUUCACAGAGCAAGGCGGCCUGCCAUCUGGUGCUGCGGGAGUGAAUAUAGAGGAGGUAGGGAGGAUGGCAAUGUUCCUUCCCACCUGUCACAAUCCAUCAGCAAAGCAAAAUACUGCAAGGUGCUGUCUCAGCAGCCAUCUAAAAUACCAUCAUUGCCUGCGGGGUGGCAACACAGACACAAGGGAGAAGACCAAGGAAGGCAGUAAGAAGUAGUGGUGACAAUGGCCAGUGGUCUCCUGUUUGAGGAGUGCACAUGAUAAGAGCAGGUUUUCUCAACCUUGGCUGGCUGAGGAAUUCUGGGAGUUGUAGUCCACCCAGUUUAAAGUGGCCACGGUUGAGAAUCCUGUGAUAGAGAGUUCCCCUGAUCCUGUAUUCCCAGACCUGCCCUCCCUGGGCUUGUGGGAAGACAUUAGCACUAAUACAAGGCUGUGGGAGCCUUGGUCCCAUCUGCCUCAGCAGGGUGCUGGGUUUUUAUUGGAUUUGAGGGAUGGCGGUCACUGAAGGAGCAAGAACAGAAAUCUGGCCAGCGUGAUCCAUUGUGGGAUGUCCCUCUAGAACGGCCUUCAGCCCUUGCGACCCUGUGCGACAUUCCUUGCAGCUCACUAUUGCCUAAGUUGCAUUGCAGGAUUUUAUGCAGUUGGUAUUGCUACCUGUGUAGCAGCGUAAUAAAGUUCGUAAUCUCAAA